AUGGCGAGCUCGCAACUACACGACGCCCUCAAAUGCCUGAGGCCAAAGAACUUCACCGAUGACGUCCCCCUCGACGACCUCCAAACCUGGAUGCGCGACAUCUUUGCAAAUGCCGAGACCAUUGUCAACUCCGUUCCUCAGGUCCCCGGCGGCACCGACUUCCUCUCCUCCAAGCGCAAGCGGACAGACGUCAACGGCGCCCACAAUGCCUCCGAGAUGACCAUAGCAGACGCUCGCGCCCCGCCUUUCGACCCUUCGUACGAGCCUCUCCAGAAGGCAUGGGGCAAGCCGAUCAAAGUCAACAACAAUCCUCUAUCGAUCUCGACGUACAAAAUGGCGGGCGCGGACAGAUACGGCUCAUGGUUUGCGAGGAGAAGCGUACACGAGGGUUUGGGGUUUGCCAAAUGGAAGCGGGCGCUCCAGCAGGAGUUUGCUGAGAGCUUGGCCGUUGACGGUGGUCCUGGAGUUGGCAGUAUCAGAGGCAUUGGUGGAGACAAGAUGCUUGAGCGAAAGGUUGUUGGCAGCCUUGGGAAAUUAGAAGUGCUACAACUAUCCGCAAAGUUCCCGGCACCAACAGCGCCUCGAGAAUUUAUCACCAUGCUUCUGACGUCUGACAAUGCGUUGAGCGAGAAGUCCAAGCCGCAUGUGGACGACCAUCCCGCCGCGGAUCAAAUCCCCCGGCAUUAUAUAGUUGUGUCCAUACCAUGCGACCACCCAGAAGCACCUAUUAGAGACGGCCUCGUACGAGGCAACUACGAGUCUGUUGAGAUGAUUCGAGAGAUACCCCUUACACCUGCAAAGUCUAGAGAUGGAGGAGAUAUAACAAGGAAAGAAGAAGGCAGCCCAGACGAUCCGGAAACCAACCCGGUGGAGUGGAUAAUGAUCACGCGGAGUGACCCAGGUGGCGGAAUACCCAGAUUUUUGAUCGACCGCGGAACACCAGGCUCUAUUGUCGCAGACACGAGUAAAUUCCUAGACUGGGCUUGCGCCAAGGAAGAUAUUCCAGACCCAGAACAGAUUGAACAAGAGGCCUCAGCAUCAGCGGUAGACAACGAGACACUGCAGGCAGAAGAGGAGGCACAGCCAAGGGCAAGCUUUUCUGCAGCAGCCCGAAACGUACAACUCACUGGCGUCGGCACAAGCAUUGCAGACCUACCGCUCACCGAGCCCUCUACCAUCAAACAUGGUAAGAACAACAGCAGUUUCUUCUCAACCCUCUCGAAUGCCAUGGAGACAGGGAUUCAAAACUAUGCUCCCGCAUCCGUGGCCUCGUAUCUCCAACCUAGUUCCCAAAACUCAUCGUUAUCGUAUCCAGGAUCCGACAGUGCUAGCGACACCUCGAGCAUCAACUCAUUCGCUUCCGCCGAGCAAUGGACUACCGCCAACGGAGGUCCUAAUGAUGAGGAUGAAAACGCUCCUCCAUUGCCUCCCAGGCGGCGCAUUUCGGACGGAAGCGUUGGAAGCGAUCUGGCAAAAAGUCAGUCGAAUCAAAAUCGCUACGAAAGGGAGAUGCAGAAGCUGGACUCUAAGCGAGCAGCGCUGGACGAGAAGAUGCGGAAGAUGAAGGAGAAGGAGCAAGCACGCACACAGCAGGCUUCGGAACGUGAGGAGCGAGAGAAGCGCAAGGCUGUGGAGAAGUACCAGCGAGAGAUGGAGAAGCUGGCCGCGAAACGAGACAAGGAGGCCCAGAAACGGGAACAGCGGAAGAAGAAGGAAGAAGAGAAGAACGUCAUCACGCGUCUGCAGCGUGAGCGUGACGAGUUCAAGACGCGUGCAGAAAUGGCUGAACAUGAGAACAGGUUGCUUAAAGAACAAAUUGGCGAACUACAGCACCAAAACACGCGGCUCGUCCAGAACCUGGGCAAGAGCGAGCAGGGCAAGCAGGUGCUCAAGGCCAUCGAAGAUGAGAUGGGUAGGGGAAGGAGCUCAAGUGCUACAUCGAGCGUUAAGAGCAAGAGCAGCAAGAGGAGUAUCGAUGAGAAGCCAGCUGCAUGA